AUGGAGCUUCUCCGCGUGGACCAGCGGAGCUUGUCGUCGGGAUACGGAGCUGACGACUUUGAACAGCACAAGCACGUUAUGGUAUCUAUGGAACCUUGGCUUCCAUGUUCCAGAGCACUAUAUGAUGUUCGGAUAGAACAGAUGAUGUUUGAGAUGAGAAAGGAGAUGGCCGGCACGGGAGGAGGCACCAGAAUACCAGUCGAUAGACGACGCCGUCAGUUGCAGAAGAGGUGGAGAAGCCUGGUUCGAGGCUUUGAUCCUGUCUCGUCUGUGACGCAUACCUGGUGA